GUGUCGAUUCGACAUUUGAGCCAGCAUGGCGGUUGAAAGAUUGUUUUCGAGAGCCGAACGAGCUGAAAUUAUUAAAGUUUUAUGUUUAUGUGUCGCCUGGUACUGUGUUAGCUCUAGCAAUGGCGUUGUGGGUAAAAUGCUAUUGAACGAUUUUCCCUAUCCAAUGAGUUUAACGCUAGUCCAAUUGUUAUCAAUAACAUGUCUUAGCGGUCCUGCUCUAAGAAUGAUGGGCGUCACGAGACAAGUAGACAUAUCAUGGAGCUAUUAUAAGAAAUUGGUUAUUCCGCUUGCAUUUGGAAAAUUUAUUGCAUCUGUUUUUUCACAUGUCAGUCUAUGGAAAGUUCCUGUCUCAUAUGCACAUACUGUCAAAGCAACAAUGCCCCUCUUCACUGUCCUCCUCUGUAGAAUAUUUUUAAAGGAACGUCAAACAUUAAGAGUCUAUGCAUCUCUGGUGCCAAUCAUCCUGGGAGUGGCAAUAGCAAGCAUAUCUGAGCUCUCAUUUGAUGCUCUGGGCCUAAUAUGUGCACUCAUGGCCACAUGUGCCUUCUCUCUGCAAAAUAUAUUCUCAAAGAAGGUUCUGGCUGACACAGGCUUGCAUCCCCUGCGUUUGGUCUUCUUGCUGGGGCGUCUCUCACUCAUAAUGUUCUUACCAUUUUGGCUCAUAUUUGAUGGCUAUGCUAUGUUGCAUGACUCACAAUUGGUUGUUCGGCGGUCUGGAUUUGACACGCUAGUACUGCUAGGAGCAGAUGGUGUGCUCAACUGGUUACAGAACCUGAUUGCAUUCAGUAUACUGCACCGCGUCGCCCCUCUCACAUACGCUGUUGCCAACGUCAGCAAGAGAGUUGCUAUCAUAUCUGUGUCACUGUUGGUGCUCAACAACCCAGUCACACCUUUCAAUGUUCUUGGCAUGAUGCUUGCUAUUCUUGGAGUUCUUGCCUACAAUAAGGCAAAAUAUGAUGCAAACCGGGCAAAGAAAGUCUUGCUGCCAAUCUCGUCUUCCUUCUCCAAUGGCAUGGUUGCCCCCGUGCUUCACCAGGUUCAUCCAGCAUACCCUUAUGACUACUCCAGAUUAAAAGACAAUUCACUGCGUUGGCCAUCUGAGGGCACCACUAGGCAUCCAACCAACACCUCCAGCCAUCUCACGACAGCAGUGUCUCUCCCACACACUCCUUACAUCGCACCCAGGUAUGCCUUUGAUCUUCAGCAGUCGCCCUACCUCUCCCGGGGAGAUCCCAGAUACAACCACAGUGACGGCGACGCUCGACCUGACACCUCAAGUUUCAACUGGAGCUCUCGACAUGCCGGCGAGGUCGACAACACAGCGAACCGGACCGAUAGCAGUAAAUUCGUCCAGCUCGGCAACAACUCAGUGAAGACGACCGCUGAGCUCGUCUCACAGCAGACCGCCAUGCGGGACUUCGCCUUACCGAACGGGAGGGCAGGUUCACAGCACGGUAACACGUCACAGUGGGAGACUUGAUGUCAACUUGUGCCCCAAUAUGCUGUGGUCUUUUCAUGCGAACAAUUUAUCGGUGCAAUUGUUACUAGUUUGUGCAUGUUAAGAACUUCAUUUCUCGUUUGAGCUUUAAUAGAUUGGAAUUUAGUUAUAUGAAAGCAAUUAGAGAGUUCAACAGUUAUGAAUUUUCAGAGAAACAUUUUUUUUAGAUGUUAAGUAUAAUUGAAAUACAGAAUUCAAGCAUUGGAAUGGGUGUUGGACGAGCUAACUCCUUUAUAAGUAAAAAUUAUGGUGUAGGAUUUUAGUGUGAACUGAGCCGCUUGAACGAAAUAUUUUAUGUUAAUAAUCUCAUUCUCAGGAUUCGUUAGAGGUCCUUAAAAAGUUGUAGUCCUUCUUAAAUUGAUGAAAUGAGAUGCAGAUUUCGAUUGUGAUGUUACUCACUCAAACAGAUAAAGAGACAAAUAGUUCUGGUUAUUUUCUUUUCAAAGCUCUAUUCAAAUUCAUUAUUUCUGAACCUUGUUAUCAUUUUAGCUAAUAAUUUCGCUGUGAUUCAAGCGAUUUCUCUUAGUGUUAAUUUGUAUUGAUACCACAGUGGAAAUGCGUCUUUUCUAACACCGUGACUGUGUUCUUCCAGAGGUAGCUGUGACGUCCUGUAGUGUGGCGAUUGUCCCUUGUGAAAUCCUGUCUAGCCAACUUUAUGCAGCUCUUUUAAAAGCUUCUGGGAUAAUUUGUUUCGGUUUAUGCAUUUAAAUCCUUUGAAAUUAGCUAAAAAUUUUUAUUCCUUAUUGCUUGCGCUACAGUGAAUUAUUGUGCUACAAAUUUUCAAUUAUUAAUAAUUGUAGUUGCUUUAAUUAGUUGUAAUUGUUAUGUUUCUCAAAUACAUUUACCUCUGCUGGUAUUAUCUCUCAAAUAUUCUAUUUGCACUCAACGCCCGUUCAUGACACUAAGAUAACUAGUAUAUUUAUACUGGGUUAGUUUAUACUGGGGUUUAUAUACUAUAAACUUCUAUAUUUAUACUGGGUUAGUGACUUCAAUCAAUUCUGGUGAUAUUUUUAAUUUCAGAGAAAAUCUUGUGUGUUCGGUUCAACAUAAGUUUUCAUAUGUGAGUAGUACUAAAAUUUAUAGCUGUUGAAUUAGCUGUCAAUAUUAAAUCUGUAUUAACCUCGUCGCAGUGUGUACUUUUAAGCAAGAAUUACUGCACUUGCAGACUUCGUUUUAAAACGUAUUACAUUUUUAAAAUGCAUUGAACUUCCUACUUGCAUUUAACCUGUUGUUAUUAUUUAUAUUUUCCGACUUUUUAUUCUAUAAUAUUUUUCGACUUUAGGUCUUCCAAGUUCCAGGUAUUUAUAUAUAAAGCUUAAGCUAUCUUUGUGCCUACAAGACCGUUGCUUGACUCCUAGCUGAAAAUAUUAUGAAUUCUUUCGGAGAAUCGUUAAUGUAGCUUUAAUAUUUUUUUUUACCUUUCACCUCACAUUUAUAGGGUAACAUAGUCUUUCUGUACACGACAAAGCUUGCUGUUGAUCAUUGACAUUGAACCUAUUAUAAUAAAAUGGUUAUGAUAUUAUUUCCUCUGGUUAAGGAAUGCCAACCAACACGGUCGUGUUCAAAAUUUUGCUUGGCGAGUUCUGUGCCAAGCAAAGUUCUUCCCGAGUUCUAUGGAACUAAUAAUUUAUUAGAGGUGAUUUCUUCCAUCAACCCUAGGGGCUAAUUAUCUACAAGGGAUCAAUUUAAGAUGUGAACAAUUUUAUAAAUGUUUUUAAAUAGAAUUAAUGUGAGCGUUGCUGGAAUUAAUGUGUGCAUUUCUAUUCAAAUUUCGUUACUGUAGCUAGAGAAACAAUUGGCGAGAGUGAAGAGUUGUUGCGAUUAUUAGUAUAUUAUUUCUGCUGAACGGUCUCCAAAACCCUCGAUUGCAGCACUGAAAAUAAUUAAUCAUCUUGAUUCGAAUGAUGUGCAUUAUUUAUUUUCAUAUUUUUAAUUAUGCAAUCCUUCGUGACUUAGUUGCUACGUUCAGAUCUAUGUUUUCCCGCGUUGUUUAUAAGUUCAAGCCAAUUCUAGCGAGCAAUACUUCCGUCCUAUGUCCUCUCUUAUUAAUUUAGCUCAGUUCAGGCAUUCGAGCUUUCGGCCCUUGGCAUGUGGUUGCACUGCUACUAUCUGUUGAUUAUAUUAUAUUUACUAGGUGUGCUACUAUUAUAUUUAUUAAGUAAGCUAUUAGUAUAUUUAUUAAGUGAGCUAUAAAUUAUGACUGCAGCUUCAAAAAUGUUCGUUCUUCUCAGUUUGCAGAUGCAUUAAUAUCUUGUUGAGGUGUGCCUUGUUAAUUUUUUAUUUAAUUUAUUUAUAUAUUGAAUAUGGUAUAGGUUUAGUUACUUUUAAGUGUGUAUGUUAUAAGGUGUAGCGCCAUACGUAGGUCUUGCGCUUCCAAGCUGCAAUCCGAACCGAGAAGCUUAAGAAUCUCAACUCAGGUUGAAAUGUCUUCAUUCAUAUGUAUUGGUUUAUGGAAAAAUUGUCUAUUUUACAUUAUUUUACGGGCAGGGUGGCCCA